CCGCCCCCCCCCCCCCCCCCACACACACACAACUCAUGACUCAGCAUGGAAAGAAAAAAAACCCAUCAUUUCGCACCAAGCAUCUGCAUCGGCCUGGAUCUAUAAGUCACGCAAGCGUCAACGCACAGCAGCCCUCUUCAUGCAGCACAAGCAUCCACAGUACCUCCCCAGGCGUCGAUCAGCCCCCAGCGACUCACGCGCUGACGCGGCGUGGAUAAAAAAUCUGGCACCCAGCACAACAAGCAACGAUGCAUCACACAAGCUCUGUAUGGAUACUUGCGUCACGUAUACGUGACGCGCACUUACAAAUCGACUUCGUGCAGCUGAUAAUAUAACACAACACAAUAAGCCCCCCUCCCGAUACAGUACGAGAAGAGAGGCGAAUAAAAAGCGCCUCACUCCCCCAUCCCCCCAACCAGGUCCAUCAGGAUCCAGCCAGUGCCUCACUCCCCCAUCCCCCCAACCAGGUCCAUCAGGAUCCAGCCAGUGUCUCACUCCCCCGUCCCCCAUCGAUAAAAAACGAUGCAGUGCGAUUGCAAUACGCACUCACAUCCACGUGGCACAACAACUUAACGUACACAGAAGGAGAUGACAGACACUUCACCUUACGACCGACAAGCCCUCGUACGGUACCCCAUGAUUGCCAUCGGGACCCAAGCAAAGCACACCUCAAUUAGAUCGAUGCUGCUCACCCAAUCGCCCCGCACCCUCACACACGUCAGCACCCGACAGUAGCAAAAAAACUAUCAGUCGGCACCAGCCCAUGUACCAUGGGAACUGAUGGAUAAAGCACACAACCAUCAAUGCGCAGCAGCCCUCUUCACGCAGCUCAACCGUUCAUAGCAUCCCCUCGGUCGACGAUCAGCAAAGCAACAACAUGCUCAGGCGGGGUGAAAAAUCUCGCUCCUAGCACAACAAGCAAUGAUACAUCACUACAGGUGCUUGCGUCACAUACACGUGACGCGCACUUAUGAAUCGACUCCAUCCAUCCGGCUCACAAUAGAAUACAACGCAACAGUAAGGCCCCCAAGCGAUACGACACGAAACACAAAUGCGAACAAGAAAGCGCCUCCCUCCCUUCCUCCCUCCCUCAGUCAUCCCUGGUGGAUUGCUGCGAGGCGGUCUCCUCCGCGUGCUUUAUCUUCUCGGCGUAGUCUUCGAACACCUUGGUGAGGCCGGGGCUCCACACGUCGUAUCCGGUGACGCCGCCCAGGUCGAACCACUGGCUCUUGGUCGAACAGAAGACGCCUUCAACCGGAGGGUAGCUGUCCGGGAAGUCAAAGCAACAGACAGCCACCGUCACCAUACCUGACACACACACACAGACACACAGCCAAUCGAUGCGGAGGUGCCUCCCUGUCUGUCAUCCAUCGUGCGGCAGACACACCACACCAGACCACACCCACCUGGCAGAUCCUUGGGCGACUCGAAGGCGAAGUGCGCACUGCACUUGCUGCAGAACAUGCGGACGUUCCGACAGGUCGUGUGCCAGGUCUCGCACGUCUUGACUUCCGCGGUGCUGGUCAGAGUGAAGUUCUCACGGUCAACGCACAUGUAGAGGCCGGCCGGAGCACCUACGCAACACAAAACAGACAGACAGACGAGACGCACACAACCACACACAAGCAUCAGCACGUCGUCCGUCAAGGGAGGGAGGGAGGGAGGGAGGGCAUUGAGGCUCACCGAGGCAUUUCUGACACAUACGGCAGCAGCAGUAGGUGGGCGGGUGGAUGGGCUCCUUGUCGUUCAUGCGGAUCGUGAACCGCUGUGCGCCACACAGGCAUCCGCCCUCAACCGAGCCACCCACCGUGGGCACCUGCUGGAUCUCCGCACCGGUGGGGUGGGCAUCCUUUGUCGACACCUCCGAGCCCGCCUCGCCCUCGCCCUGGUCUCCUGUUUCGGCCCCUCGCCCAAACAUCUUGGUCAGGCCGGGGCUCCAUUUCUCGUUUGUGGGGAUGCCUCCGGGGCUGAACCAGCAGCUCUUGGACGAAGUCCAGAUGGCCUCCACCGGGGUGAAACGGUCCGGAUCAUCGAAACAGCUCACAGUCACGGUCCCAAUGCAUGACGACGA